AUGGGUGUCUCGCUGUCCGUCUGGCUGUACAGCAGAUCAGCUGACAGCCCUCCUUCCUCUCCAUCAGCGUUCUGUUCACGGGCUGUCCCGGCAUCCUCUCGCCUCAUGGUCAUUCUGAACUCCUCCCCAGUUUCUCUUGGAGACAGUCGCUCACACUGGAGCUCAGCCCACCGCUCCCCUCAUCUCCCGCUCUCUGCCUGCAAACAUGAAGUGACACGUUCACCUGUUGAGCGGAGCAGCGAUGGGGUGAGGGCAGAGAAGGGGGUGAAGAGUGGGCUUCACGUCUGGGAGGUGGUGUGGAGCCCUGAUCACAGAGGAAGUCACGCCGUCGUGGGUAUUUCCAGGCAGAACUGUCCUCUGCAGGCCUCGGGGUACAAGGUGCUGGUGGGCGAAGACUCGCAGUCCUGGGGCUGGGAACUUAAAACCAAUCAGCUUUGGCACGAUGGACAGAGUCUAGGACUGUACCCUGGAAAGAGGUGCUGCACUGAGACUAUAGAAGAUUAUGGAUCUUUAACUUCAUCACAUAUCCUGACAGACACAAAGGGGGCAAAGACACCUCUACUCAUCCCUGAACGUGUUCUGCUGGUCCUGGACGCUGACGCAGGGACUCUGGGAUUUGUUGUGGAUAGCAGCUUCCUGGGCGUAGCUUUUAAAGACCUUCCACGUGGGGUGGAGCUGUUCCCAGCGGUGAGCUGUGUGAGAGGAGGCGCCACCAUACGACUACGAUACCUGAACGGCGUCACACGUGAUCCUCCUGCCCUGAUGGCUUUAUGUGGACUCUCCAUUCGUCAGGUUUUAGGGCAACAGAGGCAGAAUCAAACUGACAAACUGCCUCUUCCACCUGUUCUCCAGCGAUACCUGCUUUCUAGUGAAUAA